UUUAUUAACGGCAUUCACAACCGGUAACCUCUCUCGUCUCGAGGAAAAUGCAAUCUCGGGUGAUCGAUUUUGUUACGUAUGUUUUAAUUUAUCUGGCAAUUAAACAUGUUGACGGCACGAUCGACGUGAAUCUGAGUGAGCUGGAGUAUCUCGCGGCGCGAUUGGAUACGUUUGAGUGUCGACGUUUAAUCGCCGCGCUUCAUUACGCUAGUUACGACCUGCCUCAGAACUUGGCCGCUGCUGAGCGCAAAGUGGACGCAGAAAUCCCAUGCCUUCGUCAUUUGUUGCACUGGAACGAACAUCCCGCGGAAGGCAGGGGUAAAACGCACGCGGCACUCGCGCAUCGUCUUCGUCAAUUACACCGCGACGAUCUUGCCGAUUGGCUUGGUAAAACGGCCUUCAAACAACUGGGAAAGGAUUUAAACGAUGCUAUCGUGCCGUCAGUCGACGAAGAAACUACCGCCAUGUGA